AUGCAAACCUCCUCCUCAGCCUCCCCCUCAACUACCUCUCAGCCGCAUCAGGACUCAGCCUUCCUUGCCUCAAUCGCCUCUGCUCGUCCUUCGUCAACAGCCGCCAUCGCGUACUCCGUUGCCGAUAGCAAGUCUUCUUUCAUCUCUGAUCAGCAGACUCUGUCGAAAUUUCUGCAUUCAACACAGGGAAGCCAGUGUUGUGAUCUGUCACUUACCCAACAAUGCGUAAUUGGCGACGCUUUCAGCGAUGCUAUCUGGUCGGCGUGGCCACCUGCCGGCGCUCACGAACAAAAGCCUCCAUCGAACAGCCCUACUGACCCGCUUAAGGGUGAAUCCUCAAGCGUUACCCCCUCCCCGGAAUACCUCUAUUCCCCUAUGUUGGGUAUUCCGUUUACAACAACGGUUCGGCCAUCUCUUUUGCCGAACAUGGGCCUAAUUUGUACAAGAGAGCUUUUGGUUCCGGAAACAUUAAUUGGAAGAUUACUCGGGCCCCAGGGUCGAACAUUGAUUGACAUGCAGGCUCAUACGGGCACCCUUAUCCAGAUCUCUCACAAGGGUGUCUACAUGCCGGGUACAGAAAGUCGUUUCGUCUCUGUCAUUGGCGACCAAGUGAACGUGAAUUAUGCUGUCCUUCUUAUCGAACAUCUCCUUAACCUUGUUCAGAAACAACAAGGAGGAGGCGGCAUUCGCUCACGAUCAAGCAAACCAGGCCAAUUCCUUCUGGAUGACAGCUACAGUGGUGGUGCCAGCGUGCAACCCUCAUCGCCCACAGUCUUCGCCUUGCCCAAUUUUUACUGCAUUCCCGAAACCUCCAAGCCGACUCUUCCCAACCAAACCCCUCAGGUUGCUGAGCAACCCGCCUUCUAA